ACUGUUUUUAUGGAAGCUGAAGCGGUCUAUUCUCAUGCUCUAGACAUUAGAUAUUAAUACUAAUUAAUAGAUAUAUAGAUCUAGAUCUAGACCUAGAUCUAGAUUCUAGAUCUAGACUUAUUAAUAAUGUGUUAAAAACUAAUUUUACUCUAAUCUUCUGAUAUCAAUAUAGAUUCUAGAUCUAGAUCUACUGUUUAUUUGGAUUCAAGGUUUUAACAAUUGUUUAGGUGUCAUCCAUGAGCAAAAUAAAGCCAGGAGGAAGUAGUGACAGAAAGGGUGAUGGUGUUGUGGAUGGAGAACCUUCACGUUUAAUGAAUUCUCAAAUAGCAGCUGGUCUACAUUCUGGUCGUGCAGUAAUUAAUUCUCAGACAAACACAGCCCACACAUAUUCAGUUUCACCUCAUCAGGAAAUGAAGAACUUUGGGAAACCAGCUCGUCCAAUAGCCCCAGCUCCUCCUUCUCAAGGCUUACAUAGCAUCACCACUCGAAAUGUCCAAGUUUCACAAGCAAACAUACCGAACAUUAUUUCUCCUGCUUUAGGACCAACAACAACCAAUGAGACCAUUAUGAAUCUGGUGGCAACAACUUCAAGUGCCAUUGGCACUAUAAAUCAUAAUUCUCAAACAGUUCCUGUUACUCCUUCACAAGCAAACAUCCUCCAAUUAAACUCAGCCUCAAUGACGUCUUCAGUUGUACAACAAGGAAUAACUGGCUCACCUAUUCCUAUAAGUAUGAUACGAAGUGCCAAUUCAAAUCAACAAACCCCAAUGCAACAGUCUACUCACAAUUUUUCAAAUCUACAAAGAGCUGCUACAACAUUGCCUGUUCCAAAGUCAAAUGCUCUUUUGCGCCCAUCAAACCCAUCUACCUUACAAAUGGCAGUUGGAUUGAGUACUGGUGUUAAUCCCCCUUUGUCUCUACCUCAAGCACGUACACCUAUUUACCAGAAUAUAAAAACAACCACAGGACAGACAACAAGAUCUCAGUCACCAGCAAUUGGAGGACAAUCCACAGUUCAGCCUCAACCACAAGAUUUAUCUCGCGCUAAUUAUCCAUUACAUGGUUCAAUUGCUUCUGUUACACCUGGGUCUCUGCCGGUGCAUAUAACACUAAAUCGUCUGGCAUCCCCUUUUAAUUCUGAAGCAAAUCAGGGUCGUGUAGUGUCAUCCCAGUUACAAAAUGACUUAACUUCAAGCAAUCAGCAACGAUUAAAUACUUCACUUUCCACUGACACAAAUGUACAUCAGAGAUCAACUCCUGAUCUUAAUCGAACUGCACUUUUUGUUGGACAGUCAAAAAACAAUACUAACUUAACAUCUCAAACUAAAGUAAUUUCUUCACAAACAAUUAUUCAGCAAGGAACACCAAUUAAAACAGUGACUAUUAAUUCAAUAAAUCCUUCACAAGUCAGUACCACCACAGCUGCUGCACCACCAAUUCCUGUUGCUAAAGUUACACCACAACGGCUGCAUUCAGUUGGCAGUAUUUUAACAACCUCACUUCCAGCACAUGCUGUAUCUUCUGGAACAGUGCUGUCAUCCAUAACAGCUACUCAUACAAAUACUGUAGCUACAUUGUCAAGUGCACCAUUGUCAUCUGCACUUUUAGAUGUAGGAAGACAUGAUCAGUCAGGUCUUACAUCAAAUCAUCCAUCCUCUGGAGGCAUUAUAAUAUCUUCUGAAUAUCAGCCACGUCCACCUAAUGCAAUAAUCACACUGGCAACAACAGUGACAACAUCAUCAGUGGUACCUCAAACAGACAACAGAUCAACUCAUCAAAUGGGUAUUGCACCUGACGAUUCUAUGUGGAUGCAGCACUAUAUUUAUCAUCAACCUUCAACUAUAGUGAGACCUGGGACAGGAACUUUUUAUUUACCCUCUCAAGGCAAAAUACAAAAUCAAAGUUCUGGUAUAGCUGCCAGCCAGUUGGCUGCAAUGUCUGUUGCAUCUUCGAAUGUGCGAUUUAAUACAGGAACAAUAACAAUAGAUCAACUGAGACAUCAACAGCAGACAAUUCACUCUUCUUUCAAUACAAAUACUGCAUCUAAUGGAUUAGUGGAUAAGAGUGGGAAUUUAUCAAGGACUCAAGCAAGCAGUAAUUAUACCACAUCUGUUGGUGUUCAGUCACAAGCACAAGGUGGUGGAUGUGGAACAGUUAAUGUUUCGAGUGGACCUAGUACUACAUCUAUCACUAAUCCUAGCUCGUCUCCUCGUCCUAGUAUCCUAAGGAAACGACCCAGUGAGGCAGCAGGUGUUGUUAUACGAAAACCUAAUUUCAAUUUAAAUCAAGACACUCGAUGCCAUAGUCCUCCUAGGGUCGAUACAAAUUCAUCUGGUCUGAGCUCACCUAAACUAUCAACAAAAAAUUUUUCUCCAAUGAGUGAAAACAGUCAGUCAUCAACAGAUACAGCGCUUUCAUCAAAUGACGCUACUACCCCAACUCAUAACCAUGUUGAUAAAGGGAAAGGUGAAGGUGAAGACUGUGUUGAAAAUGGCCCACCGUUAUCUGCUGCAACAUUAAACAAUAUUCCUGCAUCCCCUGCAGUCAGCCACACUGGUAGUCUUUCAGAAGCUUCCCCAAGAAAGCGUGCUAGGAAACAGUUAUUGCAUGCUAAUGAGGAACUGAAAGACAACAUUACUUCAUCGGAUGAUGAAAAUGAAUCUAAUCACCAUAUUAAAGAUGAAAUAACUAAAGAACAGAAGGAUAGAGAUAUAAAAGGAGAAUAUACAGAUGAAGAAGGUGUAAGAUGGAUUUUAAACAAACCAAAGCCAACUUUUGUCUUGCUUCAGCCUGAAUUUUUCAACAGUAAAACAAGGAACAAUCAUUUUACUAGAUACUCAGAUGUUAAGCCCAAAGAUGAAAGAAGACCAACUGUACAUGAAUUGUCUAAUCAAAGAGGUAUCACACAAAAGGUGAACGGCUGGAAGCUUUAUUUCACUGCUUCCCAACUAGAAGAGCUGAUGGAUGUAGAAAAAGAUAUGCAAGAACAGUUCUCAGAAGUACAAGCUGCAUUAGCCCAAAUUCCAAGUCAUAAAAUCAGUUCUGAUGAAGCCAUAAAAAUUCAUGAAAUGUCACAGGCAAACAUCCAAAGAUGUCAGUUAAUUCAAAAUCAGCUGACAGAUGCAAGAACAUCUAUGAUCCGAACACUUGAACACAAAUCUCGCAUACAGGAGAUAGUUAACAAACAUGUCAGCAAAAGACCUAUUAAAAAAAAGGAAAGAUCAUAACUCUUAGAUUUUUAUAUUUCUCAACUGAGAUUUUAAAUAUUUUUUUUCCCUUUUGGCUGAAAUUCAAUAAUAGAAGUUGAAAAAAUUCAAAUUGUGGACGUCUUUAAAUUCUUUGUAAAUAAAAAAAUUACUAUUACAACAUUAUACAUUCUUGUAAAUUUUUUAAUUGAAAUUUAUGUAAAAAUAAAUAUAUUUUCUCUUUAA